UUCAGGUCACAGGAGCCAUAGAAGACCAUCUUGUAAGUUUUGUUCUUUUGGCCCAGAGCAUGCCUCAUCCAGAUGAUACACCCCGGCAACUCUCCAAGACUGGAACAAGCCUCUAUGCAGUGCUAGGAAUAAAGAGAGGGGCCCAGCCUGAAGAGAUCAAAAAAGCCUACAGUCACUUCCUAUACCCUCCCCACUGUCCUUGGUAUUGCCUGGGUAGGAAACUGGCCUUGCAGUAUCAUCCAGACAAGAAUCCAGGGGACAUUCAAGCAGCAGAAUUCUUCAAAGAGAUCAACACAGCCCAUGCUGUGCUCAGUGACCCUACCAAGAAGAGAAUCUAUGACCAGCACGGCUCAUUAGGAAUAUACCUAUUUGAUCAUUUUGGUGAAGAUGGUGUCAGAUACUAUUUUAUAGCGCACAGCUGUUGGUUCAAGACACUGGUCAUCCUUUGCUGCCUUUUAACUUGCUGCUGCUGCUGCUGCUGCUGCUGCUGCUGUUUUUGCUGUGGAAAUCUUAGUCCACCACCUGAGGAAUUUAACAACAAACCACAAACAAAGCAGAAAACGAAUGUAUAUGAUCAACCUAAAAGACUAGGUGGGGAGCAGGGGCAGGGGCAGGGGCAGGGCAGGGGUAACCACGAGCCCCAGUCCUAUACCCAUCACCAGCCGUGGACUGUGGACGGGCUGCAGCCCACGCACCAGUGCCUGCCGCCUCCAUCCUUCACGACACCUCAUGCAGGUUGA